CUGUCACAACACUGGAAUGUGUUUGUUUCCCGGUCUGGACACGCCGGAACAUGGCUCCUCUUUACCGCCUGUUCCGCCGACAAUAUUACCCAACACCCCUGGGCAAGCAGCUUACGCCUUCUGACUACCACGGGACUCACUUACAAAACCACGUCUCACAACCCAACUCCACCACAAGCGACCUCAACCCGGUCACCAUCACCAUCACCACCAUUUUCACCAUGCCUUCCUCGCAGGUCGCCGCUCCGCUCGCCGCGCCGAUCCCCAUCCCGGCCCCGCGCCGGAACAACCUGGGCCUGGUCACGACACAGGAGCUCUUCGCCAGCCUCAACGCGACCCUGGCGUCCAAGACCGACCAGCUGGUGACGCCCAUCCACCACAUCCAGGAGGACGACUACUCCGUCCCGGCCCCGCCGCCGCCGAGCCCGGUCAGCUUCCGGGACCACUGGCCCGCCUCGAUGACGAUGCGUCGUUGA